CUAUAUAUUUUAUGUGUGUAUUUUGUAUUAGUCUCCUCGUUUAUAUCACCGAGCUGGUUCAUCUUUUAUAUCACCCAUAUUCAUGUUUAUGGGCAUUUGUAUCAAUGAACCCAAACAAUUCCAAGUUCCAAUUCUUCUUUAUGAGAGAUAAACCUGGAAUUUUUUUCGCCUCGUGCGUGUCCAAGGGCUCAAAUGACAGUGGGUUCUCUGUCCGGCGGCCGUUCCUAGAAGAGUUCGGCAUCGUCCAUCAUCCCGGAGUUCGGCAUCUGUCCGGCGGCCGUUCUGGCCGUUCGUAUCCUGGUCGCGCAAAUCCGCCUCAUCUUCUUCGGCCGUUCAUAUCCUGGUCGCGCGAUUCAGUCCAAGACCCCUGUUUCGAUCGGAUCGUCUGUCCCAGGUCCGUCCCUGUUCCGGUCGGUGAAGAUCUGCUCCUGUUCGGGUUUACUGCUGCUGUCCGUCCCUGUUCUGUUGUCGUCACUGUGUCAAGGCCGUCACCUUCUGUAGCUGCUGUAGAGGAGUCGCCAAUUGACAGCAAUCCACUCAUUUCCACUUUGAUUCGGGCUGGUGCGUGAAAUCCACUUGCAAAUAAGCCAAUUUACACCAAUCCACUUUAUCUACUAAGGCUGGUGCGUGAAAUAUUGUGUUGUUGUGGGUAAUAGCAAUCCACUGUGAUUUCGGCCAAAUUCAUUACAUUUGUGGACACAAAAUUGAAUGGUGAUAAAAUGGCUUGGUUAAUGUCUCUUAUUGACUCUUCUACAUCCAAUCAAAGAAAUGAUGUGACUUUGAUACAAGAAAAGAGACUGCAGGUGCUGAGCUGGAUAGUUAGUUACGGAUGAGUUGGAAUCCUAACCAAUUCUGUUGAAGAUUCUGUUUCAAUUCUUCUUCUCUUAAUGUUGUAUAUAAACCCCUGCAUCUUGUAAUAGCUGGACAUGAAUGAAUAAACACAAAUCUC